AUGUCUUCGCCCAAUAACAACAACAACGGGGAGUCCGAUGCCGGUGAGACAAAUAUAUCCUUGGAGGAUGAAGGAGUCCUUGAUUUUGAAGUCGAUGCGUCCGAGAUCCAGAAGAACGACGAUACGAACGCGAAGUCCGGGAUGUCAAGCGACAAAAAGGACGACGUGGCUGAACCAAGUGCUUGUGAUGAAGAGAAGAACGACGAUGACGGGGAGUUAGAGGACGGUGAGGAUGGCGAAGUCACCGAUUCGGACGAUGAGGAAACAGUCAAAGUGGCGGUUCAGGAGGAGGAGCCCAGUACGAAAAGCCGCGACGAAAAAGCUCCCAUCUGUCGCUUCUUCAGCAGGGGCCAAUGCACUUGGGGCAAUCAAUGCCGCUUCGUUCAUCCCGGUGGUAUGGGACGAGGUCCCUCUCCGUUCUCCCACCAGGGGAGACCUUAUGGCGGAGCACCUGCCCCAUAUCCUCCGCCAGGAGCUCCUUACUCCUCUGUACCGAUGGCACCAGUGGAAAACGCUUGGGAGAGAGGUCUCCGGAACGCGAAACAAUUAUUGAAAGAAGCCAAUCGACGUCGGGAAGAGGAUCCGGCAUUCGAAGACAGGAGACUCCAUCAAGGGCUGCAGGAGUCUCCUCCGCGUGAAGUAUCGUUGCGUCCUUCGCCCUCUCCGUCACCGCCACUCCGCAGCAAACUCUACGGAACAUUCGAUAAAAGUCGCGACGGACGACCCAGACAACCCUCAGUCGGUAGAGCCGUAGCUCCCCCGAUCAAGAUGAACCUUUUGGACAAAUCUAAAAAACUGCCUACGAAGAGACCUUUCAGUGCGAGCCCUAGCCGAUCUCCAUCCCAGAGUCCUAAAAAAGUCAGAGUCUCACCUUCGCCUCCCCCACCGAGGUCGGUGGCACCUGUCGAGGUGAAAAAGAAGACCGAGAAGAAAUCCGAUGCUGCGAAACGUGAAGAGCUGAUGAAACAAUUAAAAGCUGUGGAGGAUGCUAUUGCUAAGAAAAAAGCUAGAGCAUGA